AUGCUGUCGGAAGGUUACCUUUACGGAAUUGCCUACCUUUGUGAAGACCUGAACCCUGAGUUCUACAGCAAGAGUUCGGCUGAGGAAGUGGUUUGUGAAAUGAGGUCCAUUAAUUAUUCGUCCACAGAUGAAGCACAAGGAAGAAGCCUCCUUCAGAGAUGCAGAUCUGCUGGCAAGUGCAUUUCCUCAGUCUGCUCUAGAGGUAGCAAGCACAGCAGAAGGCAGAAGGAUAAUCUCCUACAGCCGGCACAGCACCCACCGCCUGAAGGGCAGCUGUCUCCAGCUAUGCAUGUCUGUGAGGGGCUGACAAGAAAAGACACCUACCUAGUUCCAUCUUCCUGCAAAAGCAUUUGCAAGAACUACAACGAUUUGCAUAUAGCUGGGGACUACGUGGUGCCAAUUAGCUCAGUCACGACAGAUUUUACCUGCGACAGCGGCAUAGGCCCCUUCUUGGAGUCCUCAGAGAUUCCUCCCCCUAUGGAGUCCGUGAAGGUCCCCCCCGGCGACACCAGCCGCAAGCCGGUCCAAGGCUACUCCUCGUGCUGGCGGCUGGCAAGCUUAGUGCCCCACCAGCAGCCCCUCUCCGACUCAGCCCUGAACGACUACCUCGAACAGAAGCUGGUGGAACUCUAUAAGCAGUACAUCAUGGAUAGCACAGCAAACAGGGCAUCCCCCACUCAGAUCCUGGCCUCGGAGCUUAUCAUGACUAAUGUAGAUCAAAUCAGCAUGCAGAUAUCACGGGAGAGGAACAUGGAGACCACCAAGGCUAAAGACAUUGUCAUUAGCCGCUUCUUACAAAUAGCCAGUGAAAAAAUAUCCUCAGAAAUUAGCACGCCUAGUCUGCACAUUUCCCAAUAUAGCCACACUAAUGCGUAG